UCCAACGAGCUCGAAAUCUCCACAGUAAAGGAAGGAAAGGUACCAAUGAUGUAUUCGUCCUUAUUCAGAUGGGGAAGGAAAAAUUUCAGACUUCUGUUAAGGAAAAGGUAUCAGAUCCUGAAUGGUACGAGGAAUGUGACUUAACGCUAAUUGGAAGAGAUUCAGAUGUUAUCUUGACGGUUUUUCAUCGUAAUGUGUUGGGACUUGACGAGUUUCUUGGUCAGACUGCAAUAUCGCUACGAGGAAUUGAAUCAUUCGAUCGACCUUUCACGAAGUGGUAUCCACUGAAAGGUAAAUCAGGAAGAAGUGAUGACAAACAGAGGGGAGACUUAGAAGUUCGUAUCGCAUUUAUUGUGCGCCGCUGUAGUGAUACUCAGAGUUUAAAUGAUUUGAGCUUCAAGAAAAGAAGGAAUUCUAUAAAAAAUUUAGCAGUCAGCUUUGGUGAGUAUGAAAUCUCAUUUUAAAAUUUCUUGUAGUUCUUGGCAUAAUGAUUUUGAGUUGUUUUUACAU